AGACGUUGUCUGCAGGCAGGUGCUCUUGCUCCACACAAAGACGGAGCGCUGCGCGGAGGGGGCUAGCUCAUCUCGUAGACCGAGGCCAAACGUCUAGAGACCCAUAAUGUAGUCGCGUCUGCUGCUCGAUCUCCUUUCAUCCUCGAGCUCCUUAAACGUCCUCUUGCCACGCAUCAGGUCGUACCUUCCUCGUCCACCCGGUCGCCUCCUUCCCACACACCGUCGACAUGCCUCACGCCUCCCUCACACGCGAUUCGGUCGCUUCGCACAACACGCCCGAAGACCUCUGGUGCAUCAUUGACCACAAAGUCUACGACCUCAGCGAUUUCGUCGAUGCCCACCCUGGCGGCUCCGUUGUGCUCGAGCAAGUAGCCGGCCAAGAUGCAACGACCGCGUUUUACAACCUACACCGACAGGAGGUUCUUGACAGGUACCAGGAGCUAUGCAUCGGCACCAUCGAGGGCGAGAAGUCCGAGGUGAUUGUCGGAAAGCCUGGCGACCUGAGCCCAGUACCAUACGCGGAGCCAUUGUGGUUGCGACCGCAGUUCAAGAGUCCCUACUUCAAGGAGAGCCACCGCGCACUGCAGAAGGAGGUCCGCAAGUUUGUCGACACACACGUCACGCCCGAGGCGCAACAAAAGGAGAAGGAUGGUACAUACAUCAGCCAAGAGUUGAUCGACAAGAUGGCCGCGAACGACAUGCUAGCCAUGCGUCUUGGACCUGGAAAGCAUCUCCACGGCAAGAACCUGAUGGGUGUCGUCAAGGGCGAGGAGUUUGACUAUCUCCAUGACCUCAUCCAGGCGCAGGAAGGUGUACGCGCAAACGCGCGUGGAUUCCAAGACGGCAACAUGGCAGGCAUGACCAUCAGCUUGACAGCCGUCUUGCAGUGGAUGCCUGAAUCUGAGCUGAAGACGCGCGUGGUCAACGAAGUGCUGAGUGGCAAGAAGAAGAUGUGCUUAGCCAUCACCGAGGCUUUUGCGGGGUCAGAUGUCGCCGGAAUCAGGACCACUGCAACCUUGACGCCAGACGGCAAGCAUUAUAUCGUACGAGGCACAAAGAAGUGGAUCACCAACGGAAUGUUCAGCGACUACUUCGUCACAGGCUGCAAGACGGACAAGGGCUUCUCUGUGCUGCUCAUCGAGCGUGACGAGGCCGUCGAGACGAAGCUGAUCAAGACGAGCUACUCCACCACCGCCGGCACCGCCUACGUAGAGUUCAAUGAUGUGAAGGUACCAGUAGACCACCUACUGGGUAAAGAGCACCAGGGCUUCGUUGUUAUAAUGAGCAACUUCAACCACGAACGAUUUAUGAUGGCAUGUGCCGUCAUCCGACAAUCGCGAACUGUUGUCGAGGAAUGUCUCAAGUGGUGCAACCAGCGGAUUGUCUUUGGCAAAAAACUGAUAGAGCAACCCACUAUCCGUCAGAAGCUUGCAAAGAUGAUCUCACACGUCGAGGCCAAUCAAGCAUGGCUAGAGUCCAUUGCCUACCAAAUGACACACAUGUCGUACGCUCAGCAAUCGAAGCUGCUUGGUGGACCUAUCGGUCUGCUCAAGUCAUUUGCUACCCGCUCUGCACACGAGAUCGCAGAUGAAGCCGUCAACAUCUUCGGAGGUCGCGGAAUUACACAAGGCGGUAUGGGCCGGGUGAUUGAGCAGUUCCACCGCACAUAUAAGUUUGAUGCUAUUCUCGGAGGCACCGAGGAGAUUCUUAGCGACUUGGGUGUACGGCAGGCGAUGAAGGACUUCCCCAAGAGCAUGUUGUAGGCUGGUGCUGGAAGCGGUGUAUACUAGUAGCGUAUUGAUAUUUGGUGCAUAGCGGCACCUGUUAGGCCGAACAACCAAAGAUGCACAAGUACAAACUCUAAAGCGGUGCAGAAGAUUGUGAAACGCUUCUAGAAGCAACGGCGAUGCUGUGACAUGACGGAAAUAAC